AAGGUGUGAGUAUUGAAAAAUCAAGCGAUUUGUGUGAUCCUUGCUUUUACCAAAAGAAAGAAAUUAAAGGCUCAUAUUUCUGCGCAGAUUGUGACGAAAGGUUUUGCGAAGAUUGUAUGAAAUUUCACCAGGUAGAAAAUGAUAAUGCCAACCAUAAAGUCACGAGUAUAUCUAGAGUUAUAAUAUAUUGCGUCACAUGCCGAAUGCUUGAAAAGAAUAUCGAAGCUUCAGUUUGUUGCUUAGAUUGCAAAGAUUCCAAGCCAUUAUGUAGUCCAUGUGCACAAAGGCACACAGCGAUGAAAACAACAAGAGGUCAUAAUAUAUCAUCGGAUUUGGACCAUCUUCGUUUAAGGUAAAACCAACAAAAAUUAACAAACCACCAUAUUCAACAGAAUGCAGAUCAAACAGAAUAUCACUGCAGUGGCUAAUGACUGGGUCAUUGUUGGACCACGAGACGUUUCAAAUAAUUUUUAAAGAAUCCCCCGAGACCCAAAGCGCUAUAUGGAAAACUUACAACACUGAAUCAUGCUUCCAACCACACAUCGAAAUACUCGGGCUUACUCCAAAAACGUCGUAUAUAUUCAAAGUAAGGAUAGUUAACAAAAGAACAGGAGAGGAAUUCCCAUUCACAGACGAAAGUGAACUUAUUAAAACCCAAGAAUCUCCAGCUAAGCAUGUUUUAAAGAAGGCAAGAAAAACGAAAGCAGGUUCACCUGCAGUUUACACACUACCGAUAAAGGAAAACCGUUCUGCAAGGAAUGUGAAAGCGAAAACAAGAAAAUUUUAUUUAGGUACAGAAAGCGUUGGUGUUGCUGAAAAAACGUUAAUGAUUGUGGGCGCUACUGGGUCUGGUAAAAGUACUCUUAUAAAUGCAAUUGCUAACUAUAUCAUUGGUGUGGAAUGGGAAGAUAAUUUUAGAUUCAAUCUAGUUGAUUUAGAACCUGAAGAAGAGAAAAGGUCAAGAAACGAGGCCCAGUCACUCACUCAAUGGGUCACAUGUUAUACAUUGUAUAGCAGUGUUUCUGAUCGAAUCAAUUAUACAGUUAAUUUAAUUGAUACUCCGGGAUUUGGUGACACCAGGGGCUUAGACCAAGAUGCAAAAAUUGUAGAUCAAAUACGCGAGCUUUUUACAGCAAAAGACCAAAAAGGAAUUUCAACACUUGACGCUGUAUGCUUCAUCGUAAAGGCACCAGAUGCAAGACUUACACCAACGCAAACAUAUAUCUUUGAGUCCAUCUUAUGCUUAUUUGGAAAUGAUAUCAAAGAUAACAUAUGUACCCUCAUCACAUUUGCCGAUGGACAAACACCACCAGUUUUAUCAGGUAUAAAAGCUUUGGGUGGAAUACCAUUGCCAUGUGACAUUUAUUUUACUUUCAACAAUUCUGCUUUGUAUGCUGAAAAUUCCGUGGGAGCAAAUAACCAGAUGUCAUCCUUUUUCUGGCAAAUGGGAAUGAAAAGCUACCAAACUUUCUUCAGCCAUGUAACAAACAUGCAAACAAGAAGUUUAUGGUUGACGGCAGAAGUACUCGAAAAGAGGCAAAAGCUUGAGAAUACAAUACAUAAUCUUCACCAGGAAAUUGAUGUUGGCCUUUCCAAAAUAAAUCUGCUGGAAGGAGAGGUAAAGCUGUUUUCAGAACAUUCAAGGGACAUUCUGGCAAACAAAAAUUUUGAGUAUACCGUGGAGGAGGAUUAUCAAGAAAAAAUAGACUUGCAAGGUACCGGACAACAUACAACCAAUUGUCUAACUUGCAAUUUCACCUGUCAUGAAUACUGCAGAAUUCCAAACGAUGAUAAAAAGGCAGGAUGUAUAGCAAUGAAUAGCGAAGGGUCGUGCAUGGAAUGUCCAAAGGGAUGCCAUUGGUCAGAACAUCAUAACACACCUUUUGUCAUCAAAUGGUUUAAAAAGAAAGUAACAAAGCGUUAUGAAGACAUGAAAAGAAAGUACGAAGAAGCAACACAGAAAACGUUGACCCAGGAACAAGUUUUAGAUGAAAUGAAUCAAGACAUCACAAAACAGGAGCAAGGAAUACAAGUUAUGCUAGUAUUUAUUUCAAAACUAACCAACAGACUGAAGGAAAUUGCUCUACGUCCGGAUCCCUUCAGCACUGUGGAGUAUAUAGAUAUUAUGAUUUCAAGUGAGGAAAUGGAAAAGAAAAGUGGAUUUGAAGGCCGAAUAAAUGCACUGAAAAAGUGCAGACAACGUGCACAAUAUGGGGAUUCCGUACAAAUAUUUAGAGACAGAAUUCAAAACACAAGGCAGUCAAUUGCAGCGAGCGACAUCGCAGAAGAAUUGUUAGAAAGCGAUAUGUCGAUUAUAGGAAGAAUCAAGCGUUUUUUAGGCAGCAGUAAAUGGCUGGUAGAUACAAUAUAGUUACAAUACAUUCCUGUAUAUAUAUAUUUCUUUUCGAUUUCAGUACUUGUAUUAUAUACAUGUUUUAAGUAUCUGUAAUAAUCGGUAUAUAGUUCUGCACCAGUGUGGUUAAAAUGAUAAAUUGUAACACGUGUAAAUAUAAAUGCUUAGCUUUUGAAUUAUGUGAUGUUCACAUAUCAUUUCGUAAAAAAUAUGUUGUUAUUUCGCUAGCUUUGGUUUUUGUAGGACACAGGUAUUGAUGUGUUUUAGUUUUCUGUUUUAAGAUGUGAGUAAACCAAAUAAGGGUUGUACCAGUAACACGUGGCAUGCUUACUAAUCGCUUUAUCGCUAUUUACUACUUUAAUGAUGUAAGAGAAUAAGAGUUGUUUGAUUAACAACAAACUUUCGAACUUUAACUAUAAAAAAAAUCAUACCGGCCGUAAGGCAGCUGUUUAAAAAGCACCGACAUGACAAAUAGUUCAUACCUAUCCAAACGAAAAAAAAAACACCCUGAUUAUUGACAAUGCAUAAACAAAUAACAAGUUACACUUUAAGUUUGGUAUCUUUGAUAACUAUUAACCACACUAGUUCGAUGCCACUGCUGGUUGACGUUUCGUCCCAAAGGGUAUCGCCAGCCCAGUAGUCAGCACUUCGGUGUUGACAUGAAUAUCAAUCAUGUGGUCAUUUUUAUAAAAUUCCUGUUUAUAAAAUUAUGUAUUUUUCGAUUUUGUUAAGAUUACAUUAGCCGUCUUUAGCAUAGCUUUUUGGAAUUUUGGGUCCGCAAUGCUCUGAACUUGAUUGGCUUUAUAACUUUUUUGAUCUGAGCGUCACUGAUUAGUUUAAUGUAGACGAAACCCGCGUUUGGCGUAAUGAAUUUUAAGCCUGAUUCCUUUGAUAACUAUAUACAGACAGCAAGAGAACUGGUUCAAGUCCUUAAUACUUUUUGAUCUUAUUGUUCAAUACAUUUUUUUAUAGAUUGUUAUACAACAUGACCGCUUAUUUUCAUUUUUCUUCCAUGUACUUCUGAUAUAUUCUGUACCAGUUUUGGUAAAAACAUGACUUGUGAUAACAUGCAUUAUAAAAUUGAAUUCUUUAAUCACAUAUUACUUGUCCGCCCAAACUAAAAAGCGAAUUGUUUGGAUUAUUAUAUAAUCAUAAGAGAUCACUAAUUAUU